CGCAAUGAAUUUCCGCAUUACCUCCGAUUGGCGGACCCAAAACAUGAACUUCCGCUUUGCGAUGCCAGAACAGUAGGUGGCGGUAUGCACCUAAACUUUCUGACGGCAAAAUUUACAGAAGAAGAAGAACUCUCAGGAAGUUUGAAAAGAAGCAAGCCGUCCGCAUUCAUUCAAUCUCACCUCCGACCCACUCAAACUAACCCUAACCCUGCAUUCCAUUGUUUCUAUCAUGGGAAAUCUAAGUGACGCUCUCAAAUUAACAGGAACAUUGCGCAGAAGAUAUGUCCUGGGCAAUGGACUGAGAAAACGGGCAGAGAUUUAGAGGUAUUUGUGCAUGCUCUAUAUUACAGUUGAAAAGUGUAUAACAGCUUUCCAAUGCUGUUACUUGUGGCGAACACCUUUUUGCUUGAGUUGAUGCGUGCCCGCAGGUGGAAUAAUGUCACAUGUCACACCGUCCAUAUUUUCUGUUGUUUUGAUUUAUUUACUCAUUCAUCAUUUUAUGUAAGACAAAGAUACAAGACCACUUCACACGGUCAAAAAACUGUUCGGCUUCCCAGGUGUGCGCACCUGUCCUAAUCAACCCACCCAUUAAAUAGACAGGCACAAUAGCACCAUCUGCUGGCACAAAAAAUACAUAACAAUAAACUGCAAAACCCCAAUCUGGCUCCUACAAAGUGUAUGUGACAAGAUGAUUAACGUUUGCUUUUGUUAAAUCAGGGCUUCCCCAGCCAGGACUUCGGCUCAGACUGUGGCAUAUUCAUGUUGAUGGUAGGUCAUAACGAGCUGUAAUGCACAAAUAUUGUAUCUAGAAUAACUUUCCAACAUGGACUUUUUUAAAGUUAUCUCAUAUGUUGUCUCAUAAUUUUUUUUUUAAGUCUGCCAUGUACAUCGUUAUGGAGUCACAGUUUGACUACUCAGUUGUAAGUACUUUUCAACACGCAGUGUCAUCCUCAAGGUUGUAUUUUGUAUUGUGCACUAAAAUGAAAUACAAACAACAAUUUCAGCAUGACAUGCCUGUUUUGCAGCGAUGGUGGUGCCUGUUGCUCCUGGAGAACAAUUCUUUGAACAGGUAGACAGUUUAAGUAAACUAGAUGCCCUAAUUAACUGGAAGACAAUCAAUAUAUUGUACUUAAAGAUAUAUUGUCAUUACAGUUGUGGGAAAAUCUUCGCCCACUGGACCAAAGAAUGUCAAGAGCUCAUUGCUGGAAAGCAUACUCCGGUCUUCAGUCUAAAGAGGAAGGCAGAGCAGCAGGACAUAGAGGUUAGAAAAUUGCCUUCUAAAAACAGUAUUAUCUCAGUGGGAGUCCUUCAAAAUGCACACAGUUGUAUGGAUCAACAUUGUCUCGAUGUAUUUGGUAAUUGAUGUUACUUUUCAAAUUGACUUGUCAAGGAAACCAUGACGCAGACGGCAUUGGAUGUCCAAAGAAUGUGCAUGGCAGAUUCAAUGCAAUUCUGUGUCUACCAGACAUCGAACAACACAGGAGAGAGGUGUGUUGCAGACUCAAUUUAAUAAAUGCAAUUAUCGGGACCUAUUCAGUGAUUUUCCAUGAAGUGACCACUUUUACAUAUAGUUUAAAUGCACGAAUCAUGCAGGAAAAUUAUUUAUACAUUCAAAUGUGCUGUAGAGGUAUAAUCAAUUGGACAGCGUGUUUGUUUAAUAUUAUGUUUGUCUCUCAUUUGAUCAGAUUGCUUUACCCUGAGGUAAAAUUGAUAAAAUGGGUCCAGUGCAAGACGUGCAGGGGCUGGCUGCAUCAGGAUUGUGUUGGGAUUGACAUGGAGCCGUUUGACUGCGGCUGCGAGGACUCCAUUGAGCAUCCUCGGUAUAAAAUAAUUUAUCAAGGAAACAUAGUAUCAGUCAAAAAUACGAGGCUCAAAGGAUGAAAAAAUGAGGGCUUGCUCUUUUUCUUAUUUCUCUGCAGGAUCAAGGAUGCUGUUGACAGUGGAGGAAUUGAUGCUGUCUUUUCUAAGACACAGAUCAAGGUUGCUUUUGAAUGCACUAUCAGUUGUUAAAGCCACCGUUUCUUUUUCAGAUGAUUACAUUUUUGUCUCUUGCUCUUUGGUUUCAGACAUUACACGAUGAUCUACUCUCUGGAAAGAUCCGCUCCAACAGGAUGUUUCUUUGGAGGAAUCCCGCCACCUCACUCCGGCUAAAGCAGCAUCUAAAGAUAAG